UGUUAGCUUUUCAGUACUAAAGUAUUAGUCAUCAAUGUAAAGAAAUCCUGUUUAUAAAUAGAAGCAUGUUUACUUAGUAAUUAUGCAUUUUCUUUGAAUAGAGGUCGCUGCAUGGCUUCCAGCUCAGUUCAGUUCAUGAAACGAGCGAGUGCACAUUGAAUUAGCACAGUUCAAAUUGAAUUUCUUAUAUUACCUAUAUAACAGAUUAUUAGUUUUAGUUACUGUCUAGUUUUUUUUAACAAUGUUGGGCAUUGGAAAGAGUGGUCAAACAUUACAUAGUGAAGUGCGUAAUAUCAUUAGACAUGUUAUUGAGAAAUGUGAUGAGGAAAAGAAUUCUAUACCAAUUCCACAUUCACAAGCAACAAAACGAGCAGCAAAUUAUUGUGGUGUAUCAGAGAGAUUGAUUAAAAAAAUACGUAGUGAAACUAAGUGUUUAGCAGAACCAGAAUUGUCUAAACUAUCGAUGCCAGGAAAAACAAGACCACACUCCAAGAAUUCCAUUUCCAGUAUAGACAGUUUUGAUCUGAACGUGAUUAGGAACACUAUAGAUGAAUUUUACCUUAUCAAGAAAACUGUACCCUCCAUUAGAAAUUUAUCACCAGUCUUGAAAGAUAAAAUCAAUUUCAAAUGGGGCAGAGAGACAUUACAUGUAAUUAUAAAAAUACUUGGAUUUAGAUGGGUGAAAUGCCAAUCAAAACGGAAAAUAUCAGUUGAACGUCCCCAUAUUGUUCUUUGGAUGUCCGAAUACCUUAGAAAAAUCAGAAAUUUCCGUGAUAAGAAUAGAAACAUUUUUUAUAUGGAUGAAACUUGGGUUGAUAGCAAUAUGAUCUUUCAAAAAUGCUGGCAAGAUCAUGAAAUUACAGGAUGCUUGAAAGAUUCGGCAUCAUCCAAAAGGUACAUAUUGCUACAUGUUGGUUCUGAUAAUGGGUUUCUUCCUGGGUCAUUGAUACUUUUUCGGGCGGGGUCAGCAACAGGGGAUUAUCAUGGUCAAAUGAAUGGGGAUAAUUUCAUGAAGUGGGUCAGAGAGAAGCUCAUUGCUAAUCUUCCUCCUCAUUCAGUAUUAGUAAUGGAUAAUGCCCCUUAUCACUGCAUUCAAAAUGAAAAACCCCCAUCCAAGUAUGCCAACAAAAAUGAAAUGAUAAACUGGUUGACGGGGAAAAAUAUUCAUUUUGAGCAAUCAAUGAGGAAAGGCCAGCUCUAUUCUUUGAUUGAAAAAAUAAUCUAAAUCAAAAAGUGUACCAUGUUGACAGUCUAUUAGAAGAACAUGGCCAUACAGUAUUGAGACUUCCCCCCUAUAUGUGCAAAUUAAAUCCCAUUGAACUAGCUUGGGCAAAAGUAAAACGUGAGGUAAGGGCAAUGAAUGUUACAGGGGAGUUUACAGUGAACUAUUUGAAAGACAUAAUUUUGAAUGAUGUAACUAAAGUUAGCGCGGCUGACUGGGAAGGCUACAUGGAACAUGUUAAAGAAUUAGAAGCAAAUUACUGGGAGAAGGAUGGGCUAAUGGAAAGUGUUGUUGACGAAUUUAUCAUUUCUUUGGGAGGAUUAGAGGAAGAAUGUUCUGAUGAUUCUGAGGCUGAAAUUUCGAAUGAAAGUGAAACAUCAGAGGAUAGUGACUUGGGGUUGCAGAGUUGGUCGAUGUUUAGGCCUAACUUGAAGAUACACAA